CGCUCUCCUGUGCCCCCUACGGACACAGCUGAUCCCGCAAGUUCCACCCACCUGUGCCCAGCAGUGCGCCCACUAGCUCCGCCCACCUGUGCCCAGCAGAUCACCCACCUGUGCCCAGCAGUGCACCCACCUUUGCCCAGCAGUGCACCCACCUGUGCCACUCUGCAGUGCCACCUACCUGUGCCCAGAAGUGCCACCUACCUGUGCCCAGCAGUGCCACCUACCUGUGCCCACCAACCUGUGCCCACCAGUGCCACCCACCUGUGCCCACCCACCAGUGCUGCCCACCAGUUCCACCCACCAGUGCAGCCCAGCAGUGCUGCCAGUCAGUGUCGCCAGUCAGUGCCC